UAGAUUGUGCAAGCAAUGCAAAUAGCCCCGCUCUAUUUUACUUGUCAAUGCCGUGUGGAAUUGACAUGCAACCUGAGACGUACCGCUGUGGCUACAAUGUUGGGGUUAAUUGUCGUACUUAUGGCGGUUCCUGCUUGGGCUCUGCAGAAAGACCAGUGCGGAAACCCCGCAAUUAAACCGGCUCUGGACGUCGAAGAUCGAAUCUACGGAGGUAGCGUGGCCGUGCCGGGAAGUUGGCCGUGGCAGGCACAGGUUUACGCCGGUAGACACUUGUGCGGAGGCACCCUUAUCUCUGACCAGCAUGUCUUGACUGCCGCACACUGCGUCUGGAAUCUUAGCCCUUCGACCUUCACCGUCUACCUCGGCUCCCAUCACCGCUGGCAGUCGGGGGCAUCAGAAGUACACGCGCCGGUCAAAGAGAUGUGCGUCCACCCUGCCUGGCAUCGUUCCAAAGCGCCGGGUGAGGCACCGGACAUUGCAAUUAUCAAACUCAAAAGGAAGGUGAACAUGACAAGGACAAUUCAGCCAGUAUGCCUUCCGAACCAGGGGGAACAGCUCACUACAGGAUCCAAGCUCUACGUCACAGGAUGGGGUGAAGUAGGAGGUGGCAGGUCUGCACAAGAGCUAAAGCAGGUUAUGGUAUCAGCAAUUUCACAUCAAGAGUGCCGACGAUUGAGACACCGCAUAAUUCCUCAAGCGUUUUGUGGUGGUCAUCAAUACGGCAGUACCUGCGGCGGAGACAGUGGGAGCCCAGUUGUACACUUCGCAAACGGCCAGUGGUCGCUGCACGGAAUCGUCAGUGCCGGUCCCAGGGUGUGUGGAACAAGAUUAGGACCCCAGAUAUUUACAAGGGUAUCAGCUUACGUGGACACUUUCAUCGCUCCAUACAUCGACCCACUAACGAGCCGUCAAAGGAUUCGCAACAUGUGCUCUAUAAAGCAGUAGCGAAAUAAAUUACGUUAUGUAUUCGAAAAAAAUAUCGGAGUUGGACUGCUGAUUGCACUGAUGACGAACUUCGUCCUUUCGAAUAAAAGCACGAAAGUGGAAGAGACUCUUAUGAGGUAUAU